UUGGAGUUUAAUGAAAUCUGAUACCAUAUUUGAAGGUCAAUCUUAUUACGAGGAGUAAUCCAAAUUCCUGUGAGAUUUAUCCCUGAAUAGAACCUAGUACUUAUAACAGACAAUAAAAACCUGUCUAUCAAUUUGCAUUGGAUGGGCGCUUGACAAGUAAUUUUCAAUGUCCUAUAAUUUGAGCAAAAAGCACUCGAUGCUGCUAUGAAUGACAUAAAUAGCUCAUUUGGGAAAGGAAGUGUUACAAGAUUGGGAAGUGCUGGCGGUGCUCUAGUUGAAACUUUUCCUAGUGGCUGCUUAACAUUAGACUUCGCUUUAGGUGGUGGCCUUCCCAAAGGAAGGAUUGUAGAGAUAUAUGGGCCAGAAAGUAGUGGGAAGACCACUCUGGCGCUCCAUGCAAUUGCAGAAGUGCAGAAGCUUGGGGGUAAUGCCAUGCUUGUUGAUGCUGAGCAUGCUUUUGAUCCAGCAUACUCAAAAGCAUUGGGAGUCGAUGUAGAGAAUCUGAUUGUUUGCCAGCCUGAUAAUGGAGAGAUGGCACUAGAGAUUGCGGAUCGUAUGUGUAGAUCUGGUGCCAUUGAUCUUAUUUGCAUUGAUUCUGUCUCAGCACUCACUCCACGAGCUGAAAUUGAAGGUGAAAUUGGAAUGCAACAAAUGGGUUUGCAAGCACGCCUUAUGAGUCAAGCACUGCGUAAAAUGUCAGGCAUUGCUUCCAAAGCUGGAUGUACACUUAUAUUCCUAAAUCAAAUAAGACACAAGAUUGGUGUAUUUUAUGGAAAUCCUGAAGUCACCAGCGGUGGAAUUGCUUUGAAGUUCUUUGCAUCUGUCCGACUUGAGAUACGUCCAACUGGGAAGAUAAAGUCGGUUAAAGGAGAUGAAGAUAUUGGAGUUAAAGUUCGGGUGAGAGUUCAAAAGAGUAAGGUGUCAAGACCUUAUAAGCAAGCUGAGUUUGAAAUUAUAUUUGGGGAGGGAGUCAGCAAGCUGGGUUGCAUUCUGGAUUGUGCUGAAGUAAUGGAUAUUGUCUUGAAGAAGGGCUCGUGGUACAGCUAUGGAGAUCACAGAUUGGGACAAGGAAGAGACAGAGCAUUACAGUACCUGAAAGAAAAUCCUCUCGUCUCCGAAGAAAUAGAGAAGAAAGUUCGAUCCAUGUUUAUAGAGGGAAUUGGACAAGUAGGGACCUCUUACAUGAAGUUGUCGCCACCACAACCUCAAGAAGAAGACAUUUUUGAAGAAAUUCAAUAAGAUUAAUUGAGCUUGGUUGGAAGAUUGAUCAUCAUGUGUCUGAAGAGAGGAACAAACGUUAAAAUGGAAGCACAGAUUAGAUCCUCAUUCAGUUCGGUUUGAUCUGUUCAGGGUUAUCCCUGUUUUGACUUUUGGAGUAACGAUUGAAAUGCCCAUUUUACACAUUAGAUUUCAAUAAAGCGUGUAUUUUAGUUGUAUUUCAUGCACCCCUAUGCCAAUGCUAGAGAGGAAAAGAAGGGAGAGAAUUUGUUCUCUUCAGGGUCUUAAGGGGUUAAAAGGGGAUAGAGAUGUAUAAAUUUUGAGAUCAACUGAGAAAUGCUCACUUUUCUUCUUAACCGCACUUUGAAAUUUA